UUUUUUUUCUUAAUAGUUUUAACUAACAAUUGAUGCUGAUGCACGGCGUGCAAUCAAAGUAAAAUGUAAAACUUCAAAACAGUGGAAAGGAUAAACAGAGUUAUCCUUCAAUCGGCUCAUACUCUAACAAUAUCAACGAUUAAGAAUUAGUAGGAGAAAUUGAACGAGGUGCCACUGCAAUUGUGUAUAUAGAUCUAAACCGUUUAAUUCUACUGUUGCCGUUAAAAUCGUUAAUUUAGAAGGUUAUGAAAAUAAAUUAGAGAAGUUCAGAACGAAAUUGCGGUUAUGAUUCGCUGCUCGCAUCCAAACGUCGUUCAGUAUUAUUCUUCUUUUUUGGUUGAUAUAAAGUUGUGGUUAGUCAAGAGAUUAUUUGAUGGAGGCUCUGUACUAGACAUUAUGAACUUUUCGGAAAGAAAUGGCAUUGAAGGAAGUCGCAAUGGCAACCAUCCUUAAAGAGGUUUUAAAGGCUUUGAGCUAUUUUCAUGCUAACGGUCACAUUCACAGAGAGGUCAAAGCCGGAAAUAUACUCACCGAAACGGACGCGGAUUUUGGUGUCAACUCGUGCCUUUUCGCUUCCGAACGAUACUGGAAAAACUUUUGCGGGGGACGCCUGCUGGAUGGCUCCCGAAGUAAUAGAGCAGACUACAGGAUACAACCACAAGGCAGACAUAUGGAGUUUCGGCAUCACCGCCAUUGAACUUGCCACUGGCCGGGCGACUUACUCUCAUUUGUCUGCAGCCAAGGUUAUGAUUGCGGUUCUGAACAACCCGUCGCCCACAUUGGAGGUUAAAGGCUCUUCGGGCUAUUCGAAAUCCUUUAAGAUGAUAGGCGAGUGUCUUCGAAAGGAUCCUACAAAGAGGCCAACAGCUGAUGAGAUUCUAAAGCACCACUUUUUUAAAAAAGCUAAAGACCACGGAAUACAUAGUGCAGAGCCUGAUAUCCAAACUCCCUCCACUGUCCGAGCGGCGGAAGAGUAAAGGUCUUUCAGCAGUUGGAAGAAACGGCGUAAGCAAAACCAUUAGCGAAGAGGAAGCUGGUUAGGACUACGACACUUCCACUCUGGUCUACCCCGCUCCUCCACAGACGGACACGUUAAAUCUGAAACUUCGUACGAGAAACAAAUCGGGCGUUCUUAUUGAUAUCCAGUUCUGCUACAUUUUCUCAAUUUUUUUUAUUAGAAUUUUUUUAAUAAAGAUUUCCUUUCAAACUUGAAAGUGACACACCGAAACCUGUGGCAGCUGAACUUGUAGAGUACGGCCUCGUGGUUCAGGAAGACGAGGCUGCGGUGUGCUCGUCUUUGCAGUUUUUUAUUAAGCACCGCCAUCCAAUGGUGUUUGAGGUCAAGAAAAAUAAUGAAGCAGUGGCGGAUAAGAAGGCGUUGAUUGGUUUUGCUGCACUUUCAAUCGACCA